AUGAGCCACCUGGGCAUGGAACACGACCAGCAGCAGCAGCACCACCACCACCACCACCAAGACCAAGGAUACCACGACGCCACCGGCCAGUGGGUCGACAGCAGCGCUCAGUAUCCCCACUCGCAGCACCACUCGCCCGCCCACGACUACAAUGGAUUCGCCUACAAUCCCCUCCCCAUGGAGCCCAUGUACUCGCAAGGAAUGUCCCAGGGCAUGCCGCCGCCGCCGCCGCGGACCACCCACCAGCAGCUCCAGCCGCUCAUCAUGCCCCAAUGGCCGAGCAUGUUGACCAGCCAGUCCAACUAUGCCCCGCCGCCCAUGUACUCGGCGCCCGCCCCCGUCCCCGUCUCCGCCACGCCCACGCCCGUCUCCGCCACCUCGACGCGCUCGUCGGGCACUCCCAGGAAGACGCUGACGGACAACGACCGCCGGCGCAUGUGUCUCUACCACGAGGAGAACCCCACGGUGAAGCAGACCGAAAUAGGCGCCAUGUUCGGUGUGGAACGAAGCACCGUGUCCAAGGUUCUGCGGCAGAAGGAGAAGUAUCUGUACCAGGAUGACGGAAGCCGCUCCCCGAUCAAGAGAUCCAAGGGGAAGUUCCCAGACAUAGAACGGGCGCUGUCAAACUGGGCGCGCAAUCACCAAAGGUCGGGCCUGCCUUUGACGGACGCGAUGAUCAAGGAAAAGGCGCGAUUCUUUGCAACGUCGGUCGGAAGCUCGGAGAACCAUCUGAAGGCAAACAGCAACACUUGGCUGGAAAAAUUCAAGCAGAAGAACAACCUCAUGGGAGCUGGAUCCAAGUCGAGGAAGAGCUCGAUCGCAGAAGAGUCGGAAGCGUCGAACCCCGCGUCGGCCGCGCACACGCCCAACGGAAUCUCGCCGACCUCGCCCAGCGGCGUCGCGUCGCCGUCGUCGAUAACGCUGAGCUCGAUGAAGAGCGAAGAAAACCUCAAGACGGAGAGCCCGGACAGCUUUGGGGACCUCUCCAAUGGCCACCGUCCUUUUCCUCACUCGCAGAGUAACACAUCCCUCUCCAGUGUGUUCACUGAUGCGGCAGGUUCCACCUUUUCGGCCGGCCCCACGAGUCCAACGUCGCCCUUCUUCACACCCGACUCUGCCUGCGGACCCAGCCCUUUCAUGCCGUCGCAGCAGUCGCGCAUCCCUCCAGGCAGCCAGGGGCUGCAAAGGUCACGAAGUCAAACCUUCUCGGCUCUUGGUAUAGAGGCCUACGGUUCACCACCAUCAUCCUCAGAGGCUGAGACACCGCGAUACGUCACAUCAGCUGCGCUCGACUCGCCGAUAUCGGACCCUCCCCUCAGCGGCGUUGAGGAGACGAUGCAUUCGGGCAAUGCGCUGUUGAGAACCAGCUCGAUGCAGCCGCCCCCACUCCCGGCCAUCACCCCUGUUACGACGACGCAGCAGGUGUCGCCCAUCAGCCCGGGCAGCAGUUCUGCUGCCUCGCCGACGCAGGAAGAUGCGAGACGAGCGCUCGAGCUUGUCAUGAGCUUCUUCCAGCAGCAGCCGAGCGGCUUCGUCGAGCCGUCGGAAUACGUCACGAUAGGGAAGCUGAUGGAGAAGCUGAAGCUUCAGCGGGGCAACAGCGAGUCGCUUCCAGGCGGCAUGCACCGCAUACCGGAGCAGGAGUACGGCAGAAAAAGCUAA